ACCAGUUAGUACACUAAGCAUUUCAUAAGUGAGAACCUAGAAGAUUUCUGGAGGCCAUCAGAAGGCCUCUUGGCUCCCUGCCUUCUUCUGCAGUACAGGUUGCAGACAUCGGUGGAGUGGGGUUCCUGAACCACAGCAGGCAUACGGAUGACUGAGUCGGAAUAAACGGCCAAUGAGUGUGGGUGCUGCCGGUUGUGCCGCUGUGCUGCUGGCUGUGGGCGCAGGGAUGAGUGGCGAGCCGGCCUGUUGCCCGAACGGCUGGGCCCUGCGGUGCUGAGGCGCUCCGAAACGCGCCGGGGGGCUCCGCCCGCCCAAUGGGCUUGGUCCGGUGCGCUUCUGGAGCCCACCAAACCGUCUAGCGCAAAGGUAGCCACGAACAGCUUGAGGUUCACUAAAUUAUGGAAAUUUUGUGGAAGACAGUGACCUGGAUUUUGAGCCUGGCCAUGGCUGCUUCGGAGUUUGACAGUGACACAAGGCUUUCUUACAGUUCUCAAGAGGAGUUCCUUUCUUACCUUGAACAUUAUCAACUGACGGUUCCUGCCCGAGUGGACCAUAACGGAGAUUUCCUGAAGGUCAGUGGGAGAAGCUGCAAGCGCUCAAGGCGGAAGAGGAGUUCGGAUGUGACACCUCAUGAACCAACUGAAUCUAAAUUAUUUUACAGACUCUCCGCCUAUGGAAAGCACUUUCACUUAAACUUGAGUUUAAACACCAAAUUAAUCUCCAGACAUUUUACGGUAGAAUAUUGGGGGAAUGAUGGUCCUGAGUGGAAACACGAUUUCAUUGAUAAUUGCCAUUACGUGGGAUAUGUACUCCAUGAACACAACACUACACAAGUGGCUUUAAGUAACUGCAAUGGUCUGCAUGGGGUGAUUGUAACAGAAGAAGAUCAGUAUUUCAUAGAGCCAUUGCAGGAUAUAUCUGAAGACAAUACUAGUGAGUCUACGUAUACAGAAGGACACCCUCAUGUUGUUUACAAGCGUUCCUCCAUUCGGCAGCGGCAUCAAAUGAACAUGUCAAACUGCGGAGUUCCAGAAGACCGCACAGGAAGAAGAAAGCCGUGGUGGUUAAAUCAUCCCUCGGCCUUUCCAAUCUCAUUGCCAAAGAACAAAACUGAAACCAGUGCCCAUCGACAAAGGAGAUCAGUAAGCCUUGAACGCUUUGUGGAAACUCUUGUAGUGGCAGACAAAAUGAUGGUGGGAUAUCAUGGUCGUAAGGAUAUCGAACAUUAUAUCUUAUCAGUAAUGAAUAUUGUUGCCAAACUUUACCGUGAUUCCAGUCUAGGAAAUGUUGUGAACAUAAUAGUCACUCGUCUGAUUGUUCUUACUGAAGAUCAGCCAAACUUGGAGAUAAAUCAUCAUGCAGACAAGUCCUUGGACAGCUUCUGUAAAUGGCAGAAAUCCAUUCUUUCUCACCAAAAUGAUGGAAACACCAUUCCAGAAAAUGGGAUUGCUCAUCAUGAUAAUGCUGUUUUAAUUACUAGGUAUGACAUCUGCACCUAUAAAAACAAGCCCUGCGGAACCCUAGGCUUGGCCUCAGUGGCUGGAAUGUGCGAGCCUGAGCGAAGCUGCAGCAUCAAUGAAGAUAUUGGCUUGGGUUCAGCAUUCACAAUUGCACAUGAGAUUGGUCACAAUUUCGGUAUGAAUCAUGAUGGAAUAGGAAACUCCUGUGGGACAAAAGGUCAUGAAGCAGCAAAGCUUAUGGCAGCUCACAUUACUGCCAACACCAAUCCAUUCUCUUGGUCUACGUGCAGCAGAGAUUAUAUCACGAGUUUUUUGGAUUCUGGGCGUGGAACUUGCCUGGAUAACGAACCACCAAAACGUGAUUUUCUUUAUCCAACAAUAGCGCCAGGCCAGGUGUAUGAUGCUGAUGAACAAUGUCGGUUCCAGUAUGGUACCACGUCACGCCAGUGUAAAUAUGGGGAAGUGUGCAGAGAGCUCUGGUGCCUCAGCAAAAGCAAUCGUUGUGUGACCAAUAGCAUUCCUGCAGCUGAAGGUACCCUGUGUCAGACAGCAACUAUUGAAAAGGGGUGGUGUUAUCAAGGUGAAUGUGUCCCUUUUGGUACCUGGCCUCAGAGUAUAGAUGGAGGCUGGGGACCUUGGUCUAUAUGGGGAGAAUGCAGUAGAACAUGUGGGGGAGGAGUCUCCUCAUCUCUGAGGCACUGUGACAGUCCAGCGCCUUCUGGUGGUGGGAAGUACUGCCUUGGAGAGAGAAAGCGUUAUCGAUCCUGUAACACUGACCCAUGCCCAACAGGAUCUCGUGACUUUCGUGAAAAGCAAUGUGCAGACUUUGAUAAUUUACCUUUUCGUGGAAAGUAUUACAACUGGAAGCCAUACACUGGAGGUGGCGUUAAGCCAUGUGCUUUAAACUGCUUGGCUGAAGGGUAUAAUUUUUACACUGAACGGUCCCCUGCAGUUAUUGAUGGAACUCGUUGCCAUGCAGACUCACUGGACAUCUGUAUUAAUGGAGAAUGCAAGCAUGUAGGGUGUGAUCAUAUUUUGGGAUCUGAUGCAAAAGAAGACAGAUGUCGCAUUUGCGGGGGUGAUGGAAGCACUUGCGAAGCAGCGGAAGGUCUAUUCAAUGAUUCUCUGCCUCGGGGAGGUUACAUGGAAGUUGUCCAGAUUCCAAGAGGAUCAGUUCACAUUGAAAUACGGGAGCUGGCAAUUUCAAAAAACUACAUUGCUUUGAAAUCUGAAGGUGAUGAAUAUUACAUAAAUGGUGCCUGGACCAUUGACUGGCCAAGAAAAUUUGACGUUGCUGGCACAGCUUUCCAUUACAGGAGACCUGCCGAUGAACCAGAGUCUCUGGAGGCAUUAGGGCCUACCACAGAAACUCUAGUUGUCAUGGUGCUUCUACAAGAACCAAACCAAGGAAUUCGGUACAAGUUUAAUGUUCCAAUUACUCGCACUGGUAGCGGUGAUACAGAAGUGGGAUUUGCCUGGCAUCAUUUAUCCUGGUCAGAAUGCUCAGCUACCUGUGCAGGAGGUGUGCAGAAACAAGAAGUAGUUUGUAAAAGAUUAGAUGACAAUUCGAUUGUUCAGAAUAGUUAUUGUGACCCUGAGAGUAAGCCACCAGAAACUCAGAGGGCUUGCAACACUGAGCCAUGUCCACCAGAAUGGUUUAUUGGUGAUUGGUCUGAAUGCAGCAAAACUUGCGAUGGCGGAAUGCGCAUACGAACUGUAUUGUGCAUUAGGAAAAUUGGUCCCUCUGAGGAAGAAACCCUAGAUGACAGCCACUGUCUAACACACAGGCCUAUUGAGAAAGAACCCUGUAACAACCAGUCCUGCCCACCACAAUGGGUUGCACUCGAUUGGUCAGAGUGUACGCCAAAGUGUGGGCCAGGAUUUAAGCAUCGUAUUGUUUUAUGCAAAAGCAGUGACCUGAGCAAGACUUUCCCACCCUCUCAUUGUUCAAGUGAAAGUAAGCCCCCAGCCCGGAUCCGCUGCAGCUUAGGGCGCUGCCCACCACCUCGCUGGGUCACAGGAGAAUGGGGCCAGUGUUCAGCACAGUGUGGUCUUGGCCAGCAGAUGAGGACGGUCCAGUGCCUCUCAUAUACAGGUCAACCAUCUAGUGAGUGUCCUGAAGCCCUUCGACCACCCUCAAUGCAACAGUGUGAGAGCAAAUGUGAUGCUACUCCAAUCACCAAUGCAGAAGAAUGCAAAGAUGUGAACAAAGUGGCUUACUGCCCAUUGGUGCUGAAGUUCAAGUUCUGCAGCAGAGCCUACUUUAGACAGAUGUGCUGUAAGACCUGCCAAGGACAUUGACCUGAAGCAAGCCUCGUUAAUUCUAUCUUGGAAAACUAUCCUCGUUCAUUCUAUCUUGGUGCCUGCCCUGAAUUCACAUAAAGGAAUGGGAUUUGAUGUCCCCCAAACUCUACCCUGUGGAAAAUGUAACCACUGGUCAGCUUCAGCUGACAAUAAUUUGCUGUUAUUUUAACUUCUGUGAAGUGGGACUUUUUUAAAAAAACAAAGGUGCUGGACACAGAGAGGAGGAGAUGCCAGUUCUAAGUUUUCUGCUCGGCAACAUGAAAAACAUUCAGCUGUUAGGAACAUGCAUGGUCACUUGUACAAAUUGAAUAGUUGGUUCAUCUCCAGGGACCAGAAAGUUCAUGUAAUAUAUAUUGGACCUCAAAAAGGGAGAGAACAGUCUGCAUAUGUUCAAAAGCUGAUAAAGCAGAAAAUAAUUCUCUCAGCUUGCCUAGCUGUAAAAAACUCUGAUAGAAAUGAUGUUUUCGAUACACUACAAAAACAUGACAAUUAUUUAUCGCACAUAACAGUGACCAAAAAAAUUUUAUAAUAUCGACUGAUAAGUUAUUUUAAAAAGAACCAAAAAUGGAACACACUUUUUCUGUAUGUGGUGCUAAAUUUCUAGUACUUUCCACUGAAAUUCUCUUUCCAAUUUAAAGUAAAGUUGAUGCCUCUACCCUGGAGUCAUCAGUCAGGAGAAUUAAUACAUUCAACAAAUCUAAGUGAAGCAAACCAUUAGAUUGGUAGAGAUGCAGGAAUGCAUCAAAAUCAAUGAAGAUUUCUUGCUGCCAACUAAAAUUAGAGCUUGUUGAUAAAAUAUUUUAUCAUUAAACUCAGUAGAUAUCUUAAGAUAAAAAGAAACACAGAUGUUUCUGUUGAAGCCAUUAUAAAGUAAGGGGUGCCAGAGAUCAUAAGCUCAAGUGCUGUUCUGCCCAUGUAAGUGAUGUCUAGAGCUUGAAUUCUACCACUCUAACCACCUUUGUUUAUGCUACUGGUUUUGGAGUGGUCUCGACCGCACAGGCAUCAGUUUUGUAAACCAGGCUCCAUUCAACCAGUUCUGGUCAAGACCACCAUUCUAGGCAUAAUGCAAAGACAGAAUAUCCACUUUGAAAUGAGGCACACCUUUCAGCGAAGCUUGUAAUAAAAAGAAAGGAAAUAAAUGCUCCAGCUGCUUCUCUGUUUCGAAAGGGGAAACACCUGUUUCGAAAUCAUUUCCGUGCUGCUAAACAGAUAAAUGCAGCCAAAGAAUAUUUGCAAAGGAGAAAAUAUAAAUGUUAGAAUAUUUAGUAGCAAUACUCUCACUAGGAAUAUUAAGCAAUGCAUUAUGUUUAGAUUUGACAAUGUAUUGUUACCUUAAAUAUAUUUAAAUGUGAAACCACAUAGUAUUGUAUACUAAAGCUAAAAGAUAGACAUGAUUCCAAAGCCCAGUGCUAGCAGAGUAAAUGGCCUAGCUUGAUUAAAGACUCAAUAUUGAGAUAAUAAAAGAGGAUACUUGUUCAAGUAACUAUAGUACUUGAAAACUUGCAGUUUGCAGCAGGUACUUUUUGAAUGUGCAUUUGUGUUGAACUGUGCCUCUUUUGUCGAGUGCAAUGAACCUAUCUUAAGUGAGAAUAUUUGUAAAUCAUUGUGUACAAAAUCCAUUAACAUGCAAAACAGGGCACUUUUCAUCAGUGAGGUGAGAUUCUGUAGAUUUUGAAUGAAACAAAUGUUUAGUAGAGUACAUUUAUUUUCAUUUCAAAGGAAUUAUUUUAAAGUAAUUUUCAUGAAAAUGUGAUUUUUUAAAAUAAAAAGAACUAACCAGCUAACUAUACAUCAUGAAAAUAACUAAGCAAGGAUGUGAUUUUUUUUACACAGAAAUAUACAAGUUGACAAUUCUCUUUGAUGGCAGUCUGCAUAAGAAAUUGUCAUGUCACACGUUUGGUCUAAAGUCAUAGCUAUAAAGAAAUCCUUUCUAAUAUAAAUACAGACCAAGGAGGUUUUUCUUUGACAAUCCAUAUAUGAUGUUGUGCUGCACACUCAAGUCAUCACCAUGAAAAUCUUGUCUGUCAUCUACUACCUCUCCACAGUAAACAGCUUUAUUCCACACCACUAUUGGCCAUGUCAAAGUGGUGUUUGUUCAGACACCUAUCACUAGGCUUGCUUAACAAACUCAUUUCAGAUAUUGGACAUCAUUCUGAACAAAACCAGUCAGUCUACCUUGGUGUUGUUAUGCCUUGAGAGGUCUAAUAAUAUCAUAAAAGGAAUGGUGUGCUAUGACACUCCCAAGAAUAGGGCCUUCAUAGCAGUACUUAAUAUUCCAGGCAUGAGAAUGUUUAUCAAUAAAUGUUACCUUUCAACAAGGAGCUUUACUUAAAAAAUUCUUCUUUACCUCAGAUUAGGUAUUUACAUUUCAAAAACUUGUUUCCACAGAUGGAUUUUUAUUCUGUGGUACUGGUGCUAUAUAAACAGGGAGUUGAAUGUAUAGAACAGCACUGAGAGUGAAAAUAAAACAACUCCCUCAAUAUUGGAUUGCAUUAUUAAAGGGAACAGAAUGCAACGUGUGUAUGAAUUAACAAACUCAGAAAAACAACUUCAAACUGGGACUCAAUGAAUAAAACUGAAAAUGGACCAGAAAAUGUGUUCAAAUAGCACAGUGCAUUGCUGCUGCUACUUUGUAGCCACCUCAAUACCAAAGUUGAAUCCUUUCUAUAGUUUUCAAACUGAUAACAGAACCAGUUGUGCAAGCUGUAAAGGAAUUUGACAGGCCUGCCAUUGCUGAGAAGAACAUUACAUUGUAGCCAGUUCAAUGAAGAGCCUAAGGCACACACUGCAGUAUUAUCGGCAUCUGGUCACAGAAACUGAGAAAGGACUUAUCCACAGAUAUAUCCCCAAGGUGCAUACUUCAUGGAGAAAUACACUUAAUUAUGGAUUCUAUUAAUCACUGAAUGUCACAUAAAUAUUCUUAUCCAGAAUGGAAAACUAGCAUUGUAUUAUUGUGAUUAGUUGCUUAUAUUUUAUAUUCAGUAUUAAUGUGGUACACUGUUACUAAAUAUUUUCUUUUUUGUAAAUUAUAUGCUAAUUUAUUGCCAUGUUUCAAGACACUUGUUCUACAUUCAAUUCACUGCAUAAAUUGAAAGGUAAUA